AUGUUACGGAGCAGAAGUACGGGUGGCGAUUACACUUGCCAAUUGUACUUUGAUCCUAGGGCCGAUGAGUCAGGCACAGGUGGUUAUUGGAUUACGGAUGAAGAGCUUCGCCAAAAAUUGGCAAACUUGAUCGACGCCAACGAAAAGAUCCAAAAAGCGUCCGUCUACAGCAAUCCGCUUCAUUCGUGGCAGUUGACAAACGCCAAGUCUUACCACGAGUUCCUUAUAAUGAAAACGAACAAUUGGUGGUGGUCAAUCGAGAAAAACAGCGAAUGCAUCACGAUUCAACGCUCGAAGAAACUCGAGAGUGUUCGUGACAUGUACCAAAGGAAGAAACGGACGACUGGCUUUGGUCCGUUGACAAAAAUCAGGAAGAAUGAAACGACAAAAGACGGCAAUAUAACAAUCAACGAACUCAUCAAUUACUUUUGGAGGACAGAUAUUUUGAACAAAGACUACCACGUCGUCAAUGCGAAUUGCAAAGACUUUGCUGCUAUGGUUUUUAACCGAAUCAAAUCGUUUGAAUGUCGGGUCUAUUUUGACGAGGCUGCCGAUCAACACGACAACGACAACAUUGCCGAUUCAACAAGUGGUUUCCACAUGACAGUGGAUAAAGCUCUUGAUGAAGUACGACGCUGUGGCGGUUCAGAGCCUUUUACUAAAAACUUGGAGUGUUACACGUUAAGAUUACCAUUCAGACAAUAUUUCUAUUCCCAACUAUGCGCAACGGUACUUUUACUAAGAGUCUUUUUUUCCGUCAUUUUUAUAAUUAAUCUGAUUUAUCGUGCUGUUCGCGAUGAUUACGAGAAAUCAAUUAUCGAAACAAAUGAAAGUUUAUCUUAUAACGAAAAGACUUUGCUUGCCCUCUGUUCCGCAAGUUUACUCAUAAUAAUUCCAAUUCUUUCUACUUGUGUUUUCUUCUUUUUGAUAUUCAUAAUUUACUUCAUUGAAUGGUACAUAUUUUGGAAAAAUCAAAUCGUCAUGAUUUUUGAAACGCAGGAGGGAACUUACUGGUCGUUGGAAGGAACAUUGUUUAUUCACAGGGCCAAAAAUAAAGACGUCCUUUUGAAUGAAUGUCAACGACAGCCACGAUGCACUUCGUUAAAAGACAAAGAUUCAGAGAUCGUCGUCGGAGAUUUAGAAUGGAAGAAUAUGAACGAGGUAAUGGAAUAUUUAUGCAAGAAAAAGAAGAAUAAAAAUGGCAUAUAUCUUAAUAUCUACGGCAUUAAAAGAAUAUCUUCAUUGUACAACAAAAUUAAAAAGAAACAGCGUAGAGAGUUAGUGGUUCAUGUUUAGCGCACAAUGAAAUUUCGCACAACUUGUUUACAUUCACCCGAAAAUUUCGUGUGCCUAUUGGCUGAAUAAGCAUCAGCAACAAUUCCGAUAUUAUUUCUAGCAAUAUUCUUUUUUUUCCCUCCUCCUCCCCUUGCCCUCCAUGGAUUAAAUGUCUAAUGAGAUCUAUGUGGUUCUGUUCCAACCAAAUGUCAAUUUUGUAGUUUAAAGGUGGUGAAUACAAAAUUAGUUCAAAAUCAA